AUGACCAUACACACACGUUGCACUUAUUACCCCAUUCACCAUUUUGUUAAUCCCCUUUUGUACAUUAAAAAAAAAAAAAAAAGGAAAGUGAAGCCCCAGAUUGAGAAGCUUGUUGAAGAUGUCCUAAAUCAAGCAUUAAAAGAGAUCUACGAAAACCAAGAGUUAAGUAAAAUAAUAAACAAAAUAAACCAUUACGAACAAAUCAGACAAGAGAAAUAUCAAUCCCUUAAAAACUACGAACAGAAUAGUGACAACUUUUACAAACAAACGCAACACAAAAUAAAAGACAGGAUCCUACUCAAAAAGAAAGUCGAAAUUAUAAUGAAAAAAAAGAUUGCCCAUAGUAAAGCCAAGAAGAACAUGCACUUUAUACUUCAGAAAAACUUGGACCUGUAUUCCCUGAUGGAAUAUUUCCCAAGCGGCUUGGAGAAAAACAUGAACCUAAUCGUGCUCCCAUGGCUGGCGGACUUAAUUCUGUACUUGAUAAGGGUGAAAAAGGAGAUAGUCCACUACGUCAUGGCGGACAUGAUAGAAAACAGCUUUGUUUCCAGAACGGAGAUACUUGAGGCCUAUAAAAGGUUAAAAAAAUGGGUCCCACACAAAACCUACAUCCUUAUCAAACAGAAAAUUUAA